UGACUUGGGUUGCAAAAUACCCCGUCUACCAUCGGCGAAUGGAUAAAAGUCCUACACAAUCAAACUGUUCUACCCAGUCUAAGAAACGAGUCUAAGUCGAUCGUCGUCCGGGUACUGGCUCAGGAAGUAUUUGCGCGUGAUUCGUGGUGGUAAUGAUACUGGUGUUGAUCGGAUUGGUGCUCGCGUUCGCGAUUACGAAGUAUGUCAGAUACCGACAAGCCACUUCCUUCGCGAAGGCUCUACCCAUGGUUGAACCUUGCUAUCCAAUCAUCGGCAAUGGAUUGAUGUUCCUGGGAAAAACGGACGAAGAAAGGUUCGAAAAUUUUGCCAAAGCUUUAAGCCAUCCUGGCAAACUGUUCCAACUGUGGCUCGGAGUUAUUCCGCUUAUUGGCACAAACGAUCCUAGUAUAGCGCAGAAAAUUUUCACUCAUCCCGAGUGCCAAGAGAAACCGUAUUUUUACGAUUUCUUCAAGUUAGAGUACGGACUGUUUUCGGCACACUAUCACGUUUGGAGAAGUCAACGCAAGGCACUGAAUCCAACAUUCAAUCAAAAAAUUUUGACUGACUUCUUUCCAAUGUUUGACAAAUGUGCUCAAAACAUGAUCCAAAAAUUAAACAAAUAUGCGGAAGGAGAAUCAUUUUUGAUGUCACCGUACUUGCUGCGUUGUUCGCUGGAAAUGGUUUGUGCAACCACUAUAGGAGUCGAUAUUACCAAGAACUCGGAAAUUGAUGCUUUUAUAGACUUGUCAAUGAGAAUAUUUCACCUGUCAUCCAAGCGGAUUCUUAGCCUUCAGUAUCAUUCCGAUGUAAUAUAUUGGCUGUCUAAGGAAUAUCGAGAGGAUGUUGCUUUGAGAAAAAAAGCCUAUCCAAUUGCUAACAAGAUCCUCCAGAAUGCUGUCAAUCGAAGAGCCAAUCAGGCAUCAGGCAAAGGCGAAAACAGCGACACGGAAAGUGACGGGUACCGAAAACCACAGAUCUUCAUCGAUCAGCUGCUGGACACUCAGGACGGUAGAAAGUUCAAGGAAAUUGAAAUCAUUCACAACGUUUACACAAUGAUUGUGGCGGGUAGUGACACCACCGGAACCGAAAUGAGUUACGUUACCUUGAUGCUUGCAAUGCACCCGGACCUACAGGAUAAAGUGUACGCUGAAAUAAUGGAAGUAUUUCCAGCCAACACGGAGAUGGUUAUCACUCCUGAAGCACUGAAACAGUUGCAAUACACAGACAUGUUUCUCAAGGAGUGCCUACGGUUUUUCCCGGUCGGUCCACACAUCAUGAGGAAGGCGAUGACGAACGUCGAUUUGGAUGGUGUGGUGGUACCGAAAGGAACGAUUUUGUGUGUGAGUAUUUACAAUAUCCAUCGUCGGAAGGAUGUCUGGGGCCCAAAUGCGGAUAAAUUUGAUCCGGAAAACUUUUCCCCGGAGCGAAGUGAGGGACGGCAUCCUUUCGCUUUUCUACCGUUCAGUGGUGGCAAUCGGAACUGUAUUGGUGCUCGCUAUGCCAUGAUCAGCAUGAAAAUAAUAAUAGUGCACAUACUAAGGAAUUUCAGACUUAAGACUACCGGAAGAUUCGAAGAAUUUCGAUAUAAAUUCGAGUCUUUGCUGAAGCUCUCCAAUGAACCGAGCAUAACACUAGAGCGUCGCGCUACUGCUUGUUUAAGUGACAUUGUUUCCCGCAGUAUCUCACAGAAGGCCGAUACAGCAGACAAAAUCGGAGUGGAAGUGCGUCGAAGCGAAAGGGAAAUGUUAUUCAAUUCGCUUGUGUUCAUCACGGUCACACUCGUGGCCUAUUACUAUUUAAAUUUUCGACGGUCACGCAAGCGCUUCUACGAACUGGCAGCGAAAAUUCCCGGUCCAUUCGAUUGGCCACUGAUCGGCAGCAUUCACCUCGGUAUCGGAAGAGGUCCAACGGAAAUGAUGCAGUACAUCAGUCGAUUCUUGCACACCGUCUCUACCCCGGCCCGAGCUUGGGCGGGGCCAACUCUGUUUGUGGCCCUACACCAACCGGAGCAUCUAGCGGUGGUCCUGAACUCGCCGAGCUGCAUCAACCGACCGUACGUAUACGAUUUUUUCCGAAUAGAAAAGGGUCUAAUCGCUGCAUCGGGGGAUCUCUGGAGAAAGUUACGAAAGCCGUUGAACGCUUCGUUUACGAUUAGCAAUUUGAGAAGCUUUGUGUCUACCUUCAACGAAAAGGCAGAUCUACUCGGGGAUGUUUUGGAGGAAAUGAUCGGACAAGGACCGUUCGAUGUUUUUCCCAUCGCAGGUGAAUACGCUUUGGCAACGGCGAAGAAUUUGGGAUUCGAUCUGGACGAUGAAAGUAGGGCUUACAGAAAACGAUAUUUGGAAAACGCAGAAAGAAUGUUUACUUUGAUGUUCACCCGCAUCUAUAAAGCAUGGCUUCACCCAGAUUUUCUCUACAAAUUGACUAGUGGCUAUCGAGAGGAAGUACAGCGCUAUUCGAUGUUUCGUGAAAUGUCGGUGAAGGUACGUGAAAAGUACAAACAAACCCGACGAAAAGAUCUCGACUCCUCAAAGACAUCUCGCCAGCCUCGGCUUCUUAUCGACAAUUUAGAACGAAUGUCUGAUGAAACGGGCAUUUUGGAUGAGGAAGGAAUCAUACAAAACUUGGAUACUUUUGUAUUCGCCAGUGCCGACACAACAGCAUCAGUUAUGUCCACCACAUUACUUAUGUUGGCAAUGCACCCGGAUGUGCAGGACCGAGUGUAUCAGGAAAUUGUCGAUGCUACUACGAAGGACUUCAUCGACUACGACGAUAUCUUCAAAAUGGACUACCUGGAAAUGGUCAUCAAGGAAUCGGUGCGUCUUUUCCCCGUGGUUCCGGUCAUAGCACGCGUGUGUACGGAGGAGGUUAAAGUCGGAGAGUACACUAUUCCGGUAAACGCGCAACUUUUGCUGCUACUUUUCAAAUUACACCGGGAUCGAAACAUUUGGGGUGAGCGUUCCGAGGAGUUCGAUCCGGAGAACUUCAACGCUAACAAUUGUGCCAAGCGGCAUCCAUAUUCAUUUCUUGGCUUUAGCGGGGGCAGUCGUAAUUGCAUCGGUAUGAAGUAUGCGUACGUAUCGUUGAAGAUUGUGCUGGCUAAACUGGUGAGACGCUAUAGGUUCUCCACCGAUCUGAAGCUUACGGACAUAAGACUCUACACGUCAGCUAUUAUGCAAAUCUCAAACGGUUACAUGGUCAAUAUUGAGCGACGACAAUGCCACUUUCCUGGUACUGCGUGAUAUGGAUAAUGGAUUAGAAAAUAAAAAUGUUUAAAUCGA